CGCAUGCGCCGAGCUGGCGGGCCCGAGUGUUGUCGGCUGGGAAAUGGCGGCCGCGGGCUUGGUAGCUGUGGCAGCGGCUGCCGAGUACUCUGGCACGGUAGCGUCGGGAGGUAACCUCCCUGGUGUUCACUGCGGCCCAAGCUCCGGGGCAGGCCCAGGUUUUGGCCCGGGGUCGUGGAGCCGCUCUCUCGAUCGAGCCCUGGAGGAGGCGUCGGUCACUGGGGUGCUGAGCCUGAGCGGCCGGAAACUGAGGGAGUUUCCCCGGGGAGCGGCCAACCACGACCUGACGGACACCACCCGGGCGGACCUGUCGCGAAAUCGCCUUUCAGAAAUUCCUAUAGAAGCAUGUCACUUUGUUUCUCUGGAAAAUCUCAACUUGUACCAAAAUUGUAUUCGGUAUAUUCCAGAGGCAAUUUUAAACCUACAAGCUCUAACAUUCUUAAAUAUUAGUCGGAACCAACUGUCAACAUUGCCGGUACACUUGUGUAAUUUGCCAUUGAAAGUCUUAAUUGCUAGUAAUAACAAAUUGGUGUCACUUCCAGAAGAAAUUGGACACCUCAGACAUUUGAUGGAACUUGAUGUGAGCUGCAAUGAAAUUCAAACUAUACCUUCCCAAAUUGGUAACCUGGAGUCCUUGAGAGACCUUAAUGUAAGAAGAAAUCACCUAGUACAUUUGCCUGAAGAGCUGGCGGAGUUGCCUUUGAUACGGUUAGACUUCUCAUGCAAUAAAAUUACCACAAUCCCUGUUUGUUAUCGGAACCUCAGGCACCUACAGACAAUCACCCUAGAUAACAAUCCACUACAAUCACCUCCUGCACAGAUAUGUAUAAAAGGCAAAAUCCACAUAUUUAAAUACCUGAACAUACAAGCUUGUAAGAUUGCUCCAGAUCUGCCGGAUUAUGAUAGGAGACCAUUGGGUUUUGGCUCCUGCCAUGAAGAACUGUACUCAAGUCGCCCUUAUGGAGCCCUUGAUUCAGGCUUCAAUAGUGUGGACAGUGGUGAUAAGAGAUGGUCAGGGAAUGAACCUACAGAUGAAUUUUCAGAUCUGCCUCUUCGAGUAGCAGAGAUUACUAAAGAACAAAGACUACGAAGAGAAAGCCAGUACCAGGAGAACCGCGGCAGUUUAGUAGUAACAAACGGCGGAGUGGAACAUGAUCUUGAUCAGAUUGACUACAUAGACAGCUGCACUGCAGAGGAAGAAGAGGCCGAGGUGAGACAGCCCAAGGGACCGGACUCAGACAGCCUUAGUUCACAGUUUAUGGCGUAUAUUGAACAGCGGCGAAUCUCUCAUGAGGGUUCACCAGUAAAGCCAGUAGCCAUUAGGGAGUUUCAAAAAACAGAAGAUAUGAGAAGAUAUUUACAUCAAAACAGGGUUCCGGUUGAGCCAUCUUCCCUCUUGUCACUAUCAGCAAGUCACAAUCAGCUGUCACACACAGACCUGGAACUUCAUCGGAGAAGGGAGCAGUUAGUAGAGCGCACUCGGAGAGAGGCUCAGCUUGCUGCCCUGCAGUAUGAGGAGGAGAAAAUAAGGACCAAGCAGAUCCAGAGAGAUGCUGUCCUGGACUUUGUCAAACAAAAAGCAUCACAAAGUCCACAAAAACAGCAGCCGCUCCUAGAUGGCGUAGAUGGUGAGUCGCUGUCAGGGUUGAAUCAAGUGGGCUGUGCUGCUACCCUGCCUCAUUCUUCUGCCUUCACGCCUCGUAAGAGUGAUGACAGACCUAAUGCUCUAUUAAGUUCACCUACAACAGAAACAGUUCAUCAUUCCCCUGCAUAUUCUUUUCCUGCUGCUAUCCAGAGAAAUCAGCCUCAGCGCCCUGAAAGCUUCCUUUUCCGAGCAGGUGUCAGGGCAGAAACCAACAAAGGUCAUGCUUCACCCCUUCCUCCAUCUGCUGCACCUACCACUGAUCCUACAGAUUCCAUAACAAGGCAGAAUUCAAGACAGAGAGAAGAAGAGCUGAAAUUAAUAGAUCAACUGCGUAAACAUAUUGAGUACCGGUUGAAAGUGUCUCUGCCUUGUGAUCUCGGAGCAGCUCUAACUGACGGUGUUGUUCUUUGCCAUUUGGCCAAUCAUGUGCGACCUCGAUCUGUCCCAAGCAUUCAUGUUCCCUCACCAGCUGUACCUAAAUUAACAAUGGCGAAAUGCAGGCGAAAUGUGGAGAAUUUCCUAGAAGCUUGCAGAAAAAUUGGUGUACCUCAGGAGCAAUUAUGUUUGCCUCUCCACAUUUUAGAAGAGAAAGGUUUGAGCCAGGUUGCAGUGACGGUCCAGGCUCUCCUGGAACUUGCCCCACCCAAGCAACAGCAGCACCAGUUAUCUGCUGUUUGAGGAUCCCCAGGACCGUGGGCACUGGCCUGGCCAAAACAAGGAACAGGACACCGUGAUUGCUGCUGCCAGCUGUCUGCUUAAACAAAGCUCUUAUGUGUUCUCAGAAGGGACCAUUCCCAUGAUUCCUAACAGGAAUAUUUUGCUUCAUUUCUCCAUUUUAGGGGAGGUUAUUUCCAUUUCCAUUGAAUUUUUUUACGAAGACACCAUUGGUUUUCUCAGAUGAAACUUCUCUUACUGAAAACCCAGCACCUAACCUGGCUGUGUUUUCCUGGAGAGCAGGUAUAUUUCACGUGCCAGAAAGCACAUCUGCGUUAGGCACAAGCAUGCUGUGCCGUUGUUUUUACCUGCUCCCAAGACAACUGGUCUGCUGGUUUCUAAACUUGGUUGUUCAUUAGAAUCUCCUGGAGUAUUUGUUAAAAUACAGAUUCACAUUCAGUAGAUCUGGGGUAAGGCCUAGGAAUCUGCAUUUUCAACAACCAUUGUACAUGUUUUUGUUAGAGAAGGAGUUCUGCUCAGUUGCCCAGGCUGGAGUGCAGUGGCACAAUCUCGGCUCACUACAACCUCCGCCUCCCGGGCUCAAGCGAUUCUCCUGCCUCAGCCUACCAAGUAGCUGGGACAACAGGCGCCCGCCACCAUGCCUGGCUAAUUUUUUUGUAUUUUUAGUAGAGAUGGGGUUUUGCCAUGUUGGCCAGGCUGGUCUCAAACUCCAGACUUCAAGUGAUCCACCUGCCUCAGCCUCCCAAAAUGCUGGGAUUACAGGCGUGAGCCACUGCGCCCGGCCUCCCAGAGUGCUGGGAUGACAGGCGUGAGCCACUGUGCCCAGCGCCCGACCCAUUGCACGUGUUUUUCACGUAGUGGAAACCACUGUUGAAAGCUAGAUAUUUGUAUGUUUGGCAGGGAGGGUAAUGGCCCUGCUGCCUUUUUCACCCACAUUUAAAAUCAAAAGCUAUAUUAUGAGGAGUUGGACUGUUCUGUCAAAGGCAAAACAAAAAUAAUAUAGAAGGCCUAGGUUUUGCAUAGUCUUCUUUUUUUUUUAAGAGUUGGAGUCUUGCCGUAUUGCCCAGGCUGGUCUGAAACUCCUGGGCUCAACUGAUCCUCCCGCCUCAGCCUCCCAAAGUGCUGGGAUUACUGGAGUGAGCCACCGGGUCUGGCCCAAAUUUUGCAUAGUAAAACAGUGAAACAGAUACAGUUGUUUUAAGGUCUGUGUUCUAGGCCUCCCUUCAACUGCAGUCAUACCAUCAUAGAGGAUGGUUCUAUGUCAUCCUGUUAUCUGGACAUUAUAAUAAACAACAAACCCUCUAUACACAGGUUCCACAUCCUGAAGCUGAAUCAUAGAGGAUGGUUCUAUGUCAUCCUGUUAUCUAGACAUUAUCAACAACAAGCCCUCUAUAUACAGUUUCCAAAUCCUGAAGCUGAUAGCGCACUUGUUCUCACUGAGCCUCCCUCCCCGCCCUUCUGCUGCUCCUCAGACAUCUGGGCCUGCAGACACAUUGCAGUCACAGCACAUACACUUCUAGCCCGGAAAAGCCUAGUUUCUUGUAUUUCUUUCAGGUAACUGCCAGUUUCUGUGGCUGAAUUAAAGCACUUACGGCAUCUUCCUAGCUGGGUGUGGUGGCUCACGCCUGUAAUCUCAGCACUUCGGGAGGCUGAGGUGGGCAGAUCACCUGAAGUUGGGAGUUAGAGACCAGCCUGACCAACAUGGAGAAACCCCGUCUCUACUAAAAAUACAAAGUUAGCUGGGUGUGGUGGUGCACGCCUGUAAUCCCAGCUACUCGGGAGGCUGAGGCAGGAGAAUCGCUUGAACCCAGGAGGCGGAGGUUGUGGUGAGCCAAGAUCGUGCCAUCGCACCCCAGCCUGGGCAACAAAAGCGAAAUUCCAUCUCAAAAAAAAAAACGCGCCCCAUCUGGCUCCACCACUAGCGCCUUUAUAUACUCAAUGAUGGGUGGAGGAAAAGGGCCCAAGGGCUCACACUGCACAGGAGCCUUUACGCAAGUUUCAGCUAGUUUUCCUUCCCCUGCAUUUUGAACUCCUUUUAGUUGUUGGUGAUAUCCUUUGGUGUUCACUGCCUUUGUAAAACAAAUAAAGUAAGCGGAACAUAUCCUUUUGUUUCUGUAGUUGUUAACUGUUCUGGAUUUUCUUUACAAUGCAUCCAUUUGGGCAUAAUGUUAUCCCUCUUUUUAUCAGGUAAAUGUAGCAUCUAAAAAUAGCUUUGGAUCAAAUCAUGUUGAGUACCUGGUCAAAGUAAUGUUUUCUUCCUUGUUCUUGCAGAGAAACAAAUUCAUCAGAACAUUACCACUUGACCAGGUUUAAAAUUGUAUAACAGGCUGGGCAUGGCGGCUCAUGCCUAUAAUCCCAGCACUUUUGGAAACUGAGGCAAGAGGAUCACUUGAGCCCAGGAGUUUGAGAGCAGCCUGGGCAACAUAGCAAGACCCUGUCUCCUCAAAAUUAAAAAAAACAGGCGUGGUGGCACCUGCCUGUACUCCCAGCUACUCAGGAGGCUAGGGUGGGAGGAUCACUUGAGCCUGGGAGGUCGAGGCUACAGUGAGCCAUGGCUGCACCACUGCACUCCAGCCUGGGCAACAGAGUGAGACACCCAUCUCUAAAAAUAAAAUAAAUUGUAUAACAUACAACAUCUAAGUUCAAUGCCCAAUCUUAUAGAACAAAAGUAAAAUGUCCUUAUGUAAGACCCCAUUAUAUUUGCAGUUCCCAGCAGACCCACCGACUCUUAUAUACCCUUAUAUAACUUGUUUAGAAUUUAGCCGUGUGCAUUUUUAAACUGUAUUUGUCAACAUUAAGCCUCAGUACAGUCUUCAAAUUAUAUGCCACCAGAAAUGAAACUCAGCAAAAGACAGGAUUGUUUUUAACAUAUGCAAGCCAGCCUGGCCAACAUGGUGAAACCUUGUCUCUACUAAAAAUACAAAAAUUAGCCAGGCGUGGUGGUGGGCACCUGUAAUCCCAGCUACUUGGGAGGCUGAGGCACAAGAAUCGCUUCAACCUGGAAGGCGAAGGUUGCAGUGGGCUGAGAUUGUGCCACUUCACUCCAGCCUGGGCAACAGAGCAAGACUCUGUCUCAAAAAAAAAAAAAAAAAAAAAACCCCACCAAACCAAAAGCAUAGUAUGCAAGGAAUAAUUCUAGAAGACAUUACAUAAUGCAAUACUUGCAACAUUUGCAACUAAUUUUCCCAUAGGGAUAAAUGGAAAUUUCAACUUAUUUCAAAUUUUGCACAUAUUAUGAAACCUUAUUAAUGUAUUUUUAUCAAACUAAAUCAGAUUUGUAUUUGAAUUGUUAGGAAAAACCACGUGCAGUUUUGGCUGAUAAUUGAAGGAAAAAUAUAAAAUACUUUGAAUUUUUUUUCUCUUUUUUCAAACACUCUGCAGAGGUAUGAAGGUAUGAAUUUCUUUUUUGUGUCAAGUUACAAAAACGAAUCAUGAUGCUUUUGUUGGGAGAAUUUUUGUAUUCAGUAUUUUGUAUGUACCUUUUUUUUUAAAAUUGGAAAGCACAAUUCGGUUUAACAUUUAGCUUUGCUUGACUACAGUGUAAGAUGAAGAUGACCCUGUCACGGCUCCCCUGACCUGAAGCAGAGCCCUUCCCAUCACUGACAGUGUCGGGGGCUGAGAGCCCCCCAGCAGAGCCUUUCCCAUCACUGACAAGUGUUGGCGGCUGAGAGCCCCCCAGCAGAGCCCUUCCCAUCACUGACGGUGUCGGCGGCUGAGAGCCCCCCAGCAGAGCCCUUCCCAUCACUGACAGUGUCUGGGGCUGAGAGCCCCCCAGCAGAGCCCUUCCCAUCACUGACAGUGUCGGGGGCUGAGAGCCCCCCAGCAGAGCCCUUCCCAUCACUGACAGUGUCUGGGGCUGAGAGCCCCCCAGCAGAGCCCUUCCCAUCACUGACAGUGUCUGGGGCUGAGAGCCCCCCAGCAGAACCCUUCCCAUCACUGACAGUGUCUGGGGCUGAGAGCCCCCCAGCAGAACCCUUCCCAUCACUGACAGUGUCUGGGGCUGAGAGCUCCCCCAGCAGAGCCCUUCCCAUCACUGACAGUGUCGGCGGCUGAGAGCCCCCCAGCAGAGCCCUUCCCAUCACUGACAGUGUCGGGGGCUGAGAGCCCCCCAGCAGAGCCCUUCCCAUCACAGUGUCGGGGGCUGAGAGCUCCCCCAGCAGAGCCCUUCCCAUCACUGACAGUGUCGGCGGCUGAGAGCCCCCCCAGCAGAGCCCUUCCCAUCACUGACAGUGUCGGCGGCUGAGAGCUCCCCCAGCAGAGCCCUUCCCAUCACUGACGGUGUCGGCGGCUGAGAGCCCCCCAGCAGAGCCCUUCCCAUCACUGACAGUGUCGGGGGCUGAGAGCCCCCCCAGCAGAGCCCUUCCCAUCACUGACAGUGUUGGCGGCUGAGAGCCCCCCAGCAGAGCCCUUCCCAUCACUGACAGUGUCUGGAGUUGAGAGCCCCCCAGCAGAGCCCUUCCCAUCACUGACAGUGUCGGGGGCUGAGAGCCCCCCAGCAGAGCCCUUCCCAUCACUGACAGUGUCGGGGGCUGAGAGCUCCCCCAGCAGAGCCCUUCCCAUCACUGACAGUGUCUGGGGCUGAGAGCACCCCCAGCAGAGCCCUUCCCAUCACUGACAGUGUCGGCGGCUGAGAGCCCCCCCAGCAGAGCCCUUGCUACCUACAGAGAUUUUCUGUCAGCAGUUUCCCAGUAUUUCAGACUCAUAAUCUGUGUUUAGCACUCCAGUGUUCUCUUGUAAUACCCAGGUCUGGAAACGACCCAUGGAAAGAGGGGCCUUUGUAUUCUGCUAGAACACAGAGCAUAGUAGUAGAUCACUUUUCUGAAGAGCUUUUUAAAAUACAGCUAAUCAAAGAGUUUGCGAUUUCUCUUUUCUACAGCUCAGCAGUGACUAAUGAUGUGUGACUAUGCUAAUGAAUUUGAUGAAUUCGUAAAAACUAAGUGCUUAAAUGGUUAUAGAAAUGAAAACAUGGAUAUUUAGAAGCCUUUCUAUAUACACAGUGCAGUGAGAUGGUUUACAGCAAAUUUCAUUUUAUUUCUGAAAAUGUAAACAUGUAAUUAGUGAAAGAUUUUGUAAAACAUUGUCCUAUAUUUGUAUGUCUGUAAAUAUAUUGCAUAAGUUCUAAGUAUAAAUAUGUCAGUAUCAUGUAUGUUAUUUUAAAUUGCCUGUAUGCCACUUUAUACGUUGACAUUCAAAUAAAAGCCAACACUUCAGUGGCAUGUAAUAAAA